UGACCAAUGUUGCGGGCUGUAGAUGUGUUGAGCGAUGGUAGCUACAAAUCCACUCGGGAUAUCUUCCACGAUUAGCAAUACGCCAGGUACCUAGAAGUACAAAUUUACGAUCAUCUCAUUCUCCUGAGGUCCAAUAUUUCAGCAACAGUCGACGUCUCAAGACAGCGCGAAAGCAACGCAGAACGAUCAAGAUUGUCUCCCUUCCACGAACAACACUAAACCCCGCUACAUUCAUGUUCCGGUGUCUUAUGCCGCCAUCGCGCCGCUUCUCGAAUCACUAUGCGUGCCGCCCGCCGCCACGAUCCCUGCCUAUACCCUUCCAGCUGUCACUUUCCCAGCAAGCGAUGAAAGAAAAGCUUAUACCAUCAUGGGAGCGCUCGAUAUCGCGCAAGAACUUUGCAACUCGAAGUUCUGCAAUGCCAAGAUGUUAUUCCCACAAGGCGACCUGUCCAUUACUGCAGCCGUCGAGUUUGAAGCGAAGGUGUUUCCUCGGAUCAUGUUGGAGGGAUGGUUGGAGCAUGUUUUGCCUUUUACAGCAUUGAUCCUCGAUGCCAGAGGAGCCAAGUACAUCGAUGAGAGCAAGAAAUCGAAGUUUGGUCCUAUGGAUGAGUUCCGAACUCGCAUGUCAAAGCAAGAAGAAGAGACGGGGGUUCUGGAGGAUGCGAACAAGAGGGCCGUGCGGCCCAUCCAAGAUUUCUAUGAGAAAGCCGAGGAGGUUGGUCAAGAAAGAAAAGGUGUCUUCUAUGGCGGUGGAGAAGAACCACAGUAUGUGGACUUUUGUGUCGUGGCAGCUGUGAUGUGGGGAGUCGUGGUCAGAGGUGAUGUCGUGCUAGAGGUCAUUGACAAAGUUGGCGAUGGAAGGAUUGCGAAGGUUGUGAGGAAGUGCCAGGAGUCGCUCAUGUGAUGGCUGCGCUCC